AUGCCUACACGUAAAAAUGGAGGAGAUCUUGCCAGUUCUGCAGCGAAACGGCGGAAACAAAAAGAACAUAGAAGAAAUGAAACGGAAGAAGAGCGCGAAGCACGUUUACAAAAUCAACGAACUAGGAUGAGAACUCUGAGAAGCACAAAAAAUGAAGAAAGAAAAGAGAACGAAAGUAUAGAAGAAUCGAGAAUUUUAAAAGAUAAUUUAACAAAGGAAGCAUUCCACUACGAACCGACGAAAAAAUAUUACAAUCAUAAACAUGUUGUGAUCGGAAAAAUGGAUAACAUUUGCCAAUUUUGCCACGCGCAAAAAUUCAGUAAAGAAACAGCAGGUCUCUGUUGCAUGAAUGGAAAAAUUCGACUACCACCACUGGAAGCACCUCCACAGGAAUUUCUACAUUACAUGACCGGGGAAACACAAGAAUCAAAACACUUUCUUCAAAAUAUAAGAUCAUAUAACUCCUGCUUUCAAAUGACUUCUUUCGGUGUUACUUCGACCAACACUAAUAGAAAUAAAUUUGAAUAUGUAUUUUCAAUUCAGGGGCAAAUUUAUCACAAAAUAGGAUCGUUACUGCCAAUGCCUAACGAAGACUAUAAAUUUCUGCAAGUAUAUUUCAUCGGAAAUGAAGAACAAGAAAUUGAUCAACGAUGCACAAAUUUUAAUGGAUUGAGUCGCGAAAUAAUCCGAAAUGUACAGAAGAUCUUACACAGAUACAAUCAAUUGAUUUACAUAUUCAAAACAACAUUAGACCGCAUGAUUUCUGAUGACUAUAAAAUUGUAAUUCGAGCCGAUAAAAGACCACCUGGAGAGCACGAACGUAGAUUUAAUGUACCUCAGAUAGAUGAAGUUGCCAUCGUAAUUGUAGACAAUGAAAAUACAAGCCGUGACAUAAUUGUACAACGAAGAGGAAAAGGACUACAACGCAUUGCAGAGACACACCGUUCCUAUGAUGCUCUUCAAUAUCCAUUAAUAUUUCUGCACGGAGAGGACGGAUACCAUUUCAAUAUAAAACAAGUGCAUCCUGAAACAGGCAUAGAAACAAACAAAAAAGUCACUUCCAAGGAGUUCUAUGCUUACCGCUUAAUGAUCAGAGACAAUGAAACAUACAAUCACAUACUCAACACUCGCCGUUUAUUUCAACAAUUUCUGGUAGAUAUGUACGCAAAAAUAGAAGCAGAACGGAUGCUUUACAUAAGACUGAAUCAGAAGAAACUACGCACAGAAGAAUACAUCCAUCUUCGAGACGCGAUCAUGAAUGACGGCAAUAUUGACGAUAUUGGAACAAUGGUAAUCUUACCCUCAUCAUACACAUGA